UAUCGAUACCAUUAUUUAACAAAAUAUGAGAGUCAUACUUUUUGCGCUCACUUCAUUAUUAAUGUUUUUUGGAGCAGAAGCUACGGGAUCAUGUGAAGAUGCCGGUGAUGGAAUCGAAGUUGGUGAAAGUUGCAGCGAAGAUGAUGAACAUUGCGGGGAAUUCAUCAUUGAAUUGUCGGACCUUGAGGAUGGAUUCAAAAAUAAGCCUGAGAUAUUGGAAUUUAUCGGGAAGCAUCUACCAGAACAUAAUGGCGGAGUGGCUACAGUGUCUACGGCAGUAACCCCUAUCGGAGGAUUCACUGAGAAUAAUGAAGACGGCGCCUUCACAGAACCUAUGACCACCGAAAAGUCGGAAUGCGUAAUAGAUAUAUCACCUCCCACUGGAAAUUCUUCUACUGGACUUCGGUUUCCUAAACCAAAACAAUGCGGGAAUUGCGAUGUAAACAUGUUUAAAACGCACAUUCACAAUGACUACGAUCACAAAAAUCACAUAAUAGAAGAAUAUACCUACGGAAUUGUAAUCCAAAUGAAUAUAUUAGAAAUCGAAAACGUUACUGUAUACUGUGCUGGUGAAUUGUCGUUUGGAGACGAUAAACCUUAUAUUGUGAUACAACGUCGGGUUGACAAUACCGUGAAUUUCGACAGAAGUUUGGAUGAAUAUGUAGCUGGAUUCGGCGAUAUGGUAGAAGGAAAUUUCUGGCUAGGUCUUGAAACCAUCCAUGAUCUGACGUAUUUUGGAAAAUACCGGACUCUCGAGAUUGUUUUGAUCGACAAAGACAGAUCUACGGAUGAUGACAUUAUUAAGAUUAAAUUUAUGAACGCGACUGUGGGAAGCAAUUCUAGUUCAUACCGAUUCAAUAGUGGUUCAGUCAAACCCGAAUCUGAGUCCGAAUCCGAACUGGCAGAGUAUUUCAGUAACAUGAAGAAUAUGUCUUUCAGUGUUAGAAAUGUCACAGUAAAUGGUUGUCCUGAGAGCUCUGGCUGGUGGUUCAACAUGGAUGGAAAAAAUAAAACCAAAGUCAGUAGCUUGAAUGGGCCUUACAAUGGAUAUUCCGGAUUAAAAGUAAAGACAGAUAGUGAAAAUUGGAAUUUCGAAAAAAUAGAAAUGAGACUCUAUCUACAGUGA